AUGUCUAACCGAAGGUCACGAGCGAGGCAGUCAGGAAGAGGAACUUCAAGGAUUAGUGAUGAUCAAAUCAACGAUCUUGUUUCCAAGUUGCAACAGCUUCUUCCUGAGAUUCGUGAGAGGCGCUCCGACAAGGUUUCUGCAGCUAGGGUCUUACAGGAGACAUGCAACUACAUAAAAAGCUUGCAUAGGGAGGUUGAUGGCCUAAGUGAGCGGUUAUCGGAGUUAUUGGAAACAACAGACAGCAACCAAGCUGCCUUAAUUAGGAGCUUGCUUAUGCAAUAG